CAGAGGAAGAAACCCAAAGACGUGGGGGGCGUAUUACUCGAUACGACGUCAAGCUAAUUGCUCAAAUUCAGCUAGCCAAUCAUAUGUAACCUGGCAUGUACCGCAAGCUACUCUUUGAGGAACCAAACCAUAAAUUGCAGUUUCUGGGGUAGCUCAUGGUGGUCGAUAGCACGUAGAUAGAUCCGGAGAUUCGGACAGGACCGAGCCAAUAACCGAAGGCCCGGCAGCAGAUCAAUGGAGACGACGAGGCGCGGGAGGCGGCUCCUCGUAUCGCUCUCCUUCCUCUGCCUUGCCGUGCUGCUCGCGACGGCGUCGACGUCGCCGGCGACGGCCGGGAGGAAGCGGCGGAUGGCCGGGUUCGACUACUACGUGCUGGCGCUGCAGUGGCCGGGCAGCGUCUGCCGGCAAACCAACCACUGCUGCAGCUCCAACGGCUGCUGCCGAUCAAACCCUCUGAACUGGUUCACAAUCCAUGGGCUGUGGCCACAGUACAGCUACGGUGGGUGGCCUUCAUGCUGCAGACAAACCACCCCAUUCAACAUGAACAAGAUCGCGAUGCUGAGGCCGAUACUGGAGAGGUACUGGCCGUCCCUGUACUGCGGCGAUUCCUCCACCUGCUUCGGCAGAAGGGGCCCGUUCUGGGUGCAUGAGGUUAAGACUCAUGGAACGUGUGCUUACCCUGAAAUACAGGACGAGUACGACUACUUCUCCACCGCACUCUACCUCUACAGCAAAUACAAUGUCACCAAAGCCCUGAGGAAAGCGCACAUCUACCCACGGAAUGGCAGGAAAUACGAGGUAGGGCACAUCGUGGCCGCCAUCGACCACGCCUUCGGGAGGCUGCCGCAUAUCGUCUGCAAGAACGGCUCCGUCCAGGAGCUCAGGCUUUGCUUCCACAAGGACUACCAGCCCCGGGAUUGCGGGUCGGAGACUGACGAUGCAUGGUCGAGCAGCAGGAGGAGCCAUUGCCCUCGAUACGUCACCCUGCCAUCCUACAAAAAGUCUGCGAUGGCGAACGCCACAGAGGGAGGACUGAGGAACCGAGCGAACAACGAGCCGCGUGCGUACGGACAGAGCUAGCUGUCACGCCUGAAGCCUCACCUGUUGUCGAUAACAGCUUCAGUGAGUCCUGUAAACUAGCUAGUGGGCCGUGGGCCAGGUAAGGGGUUGGGCUUGGGUCGAGUGAGUGUCGAGUCAAUCUAUAAGACCCUGAACUUGUAAUGUCAAAGGCAUCAAAUGGAAUUUUUCGAUAAUGAGUGUUUUACUA